ACAUUUGUUGUGCAUGAUGAACACCCAACAACAGUCUGCCAAGACCGACGUUUUUACCUGAAAAGUAAAAUACAAUAGAUAUACUGUUAUGUAUCGUUGUUUGCGGUUAUUUAACAUCAACCGUUAAAGCAAACCGUCCUACGUAUUCACAAACCUAGCUUAACGAGGAUGCGCGCGCGUCUUGGCAACGGAAGUUGAAAUAUGUUACUGCCGUUAACUUCCUUAACCGAAGCUAAACACGACAACUCCAAACUGUUUUAAAGUAAAAUGUCGGCCUGUUGCGUGUCUGGCUGUAAAAAUCGACACUCGUCAACCAGCAAGCUCAAACUUUACAGAAUACCGUCUGGAUAUCGACCGUUUCAGGCCAACCGUAGACGGUUAUGGCUACAAGCGAUCCAACAAGUGAACGGCAGCACCGAAGAACUAAAAGGGAAUGCCCGUGUUUGUGGCGCUCAUUUUAUAUCAGGGGAAGCUUCCAUGGACCACGACAGUCCCGACUUUGUGCCUUCUGUGUUUCCAUGCACUAAACAGAGCCCGAGCCACAAGAAGAAAGUGAAAUGGUUUUACGGUCGUAGAAAAAGGCGGCGCCGUACAGCCAAUGCGAAAACGGGAGAAAAAACAACUCCACCUAGAGUUGAUUCUCCUGUGGACCUCCAGUCCUCGGUUUUGAUGGAAGAAACACAGACACCAUCAACUUCAUCAGUGCCAAAGGAAGGAGAAACAUUGAUUAAAGAAGCUGAAACCAAAACAGUCAAAUCACAAAUAACAUCCAGCCCAAACAAGGCAUCACCAUCAUUUAAAGCACCAGUAGGCAGCCCAAAACUAGAAAAAAGGAUUCCUUUUGUGCUCCUAAAACCUGUAUUUGCACCAGCAGUGAUGGGAGCGUUCAGCCGCCAGAAGUUUUUCCAGGAGCUUGCUCAUGGCUGCCUGCUGCCUACAGCUCAGCAGGGCCUGGAGCAGGUAUGGCAGCUGCUGGUUAUCUGCCUGCUGUGUCGGCUUCUCUGGAUGUUGGGCCUCCCCUCUUUUGUGAAACACCUGGGCACGGUAGCAGGAGGUUUCUACACUCUCUACCUGUUCUUUGAGCUUCAUAUGAUCUGGGUGGUCCUUCUCAGCCUUCUCUGCUACCUCUUCCUCUUCCUGUGCCGCCACUCUACCAUCCGAGGCACCUUCCUCUCCAUCACUGUGCUCAUCUACCUGCUGCUGGGAGAGCUGCACAUGAUGGAUACGACCAACUGGCACAAGAUGAGAGGUUCACAGAUGGUGGUUGCCAUGAAAGCCAUCUCUCUGGCCUUUGAUUUGGACAGAGGUGUUGUGACGAGUGUACCCUCACCCAUUGAGUUCAUGGGCUAUAUUUACUUUGUGGGCACAGUCAUCUUUGGUCCCUGGAUCAGCUUCAACAGCUACAAAGAAGCUUUAGAAGGCCGUAAGCUGAGCUUUUCGUGGCUUUUAAAAGUGUCUGUUAGCUGGGUGAAGAGCCAGGUCUGCCUUGUUAUUUCCAACUGUGUGGCACCCUACCUCUUCCCUUAUUUCAUACCAGUCUAUGGAGACAAGCUACUACGCAGCAAAAAGAGGAGGAAGAUCAGAGGUACACCGGCAAAGUGGUUGCUGGCAUAUGAGAACACAAUGUCUUUCCACUUCAGCAAUUAUUUUGUUGGUUAUUUGAGCGAAACUACUACUACUCUGGCUGGGGCCGGCUUCACAGAGGAGAAAGAAAACCUCAAAUGGGAUAUGACUGUAUCCAAGCCACUGAAUAUAGAGUUUCCUCGGUCAAUGGUGGAGGUGGUAACAUCGUGGAAUCUGCCCAUGUCUUGCUUUCUGCACACCUAUGUUUUUAAGAGUGCUCUCAAAUUUGGGACGUUUUCCGCAAUCAUGGUGACAUAUACAGCCAGCGCACUUCUGCAUGGUUUGAGUUUUCAUCUGGGUGCAGUACUAAUAUCUCUUGGGUUCAUCACGUACAUUGAGCACGUGUUGCGGAAGAGGCUUGCAGCCAUUUUUAAUGCCUGUGUGCUGUCAAAGAAAUGUCAGCCAAACUGCACUCACCGAAACAAAAAGGAGCUAUGGGUGUAUAUAAUUAAUAUAGCAUUCAGCGCAUUGGCAAUACUCCACCUGACGUACCUGGGAUCUGUGUUCAACUCCAGUGUGGACUACAUGGAGGAGGAUGAGGACGAUAUAACCCAUCAUACCAUUCAGAAGUGGUCAGAGCUCAGCUGGACAAGCCACUGGUUCACAUUUGGAUGCUGGAUACUGUACCGCCUCAUUCUCUAAUAAUAAGAGACAGAGAAAGUGAAGGAAGCAAUAAUGAGAUUUGUAUGGCUGGUUCUCCACUUCUGCACUGUGACUUUAUUCUGCAUCAGACCGAAGAGAACUGAAUCAACCUGUAUACAACAAUAAACCAACACCGAGUGUUCAGGUUGCGCCGCAUGUUGGCUGAGUAAUCUAUUAUUCUAACCUGCUGGGGACUAGUUUUGAUAUCCAUGAAAUGAUAGCCCGCUCCUCCCUCCCUUUCGCCGUAUCAAAUCCUUUUUAUCUGAGCAGCAGUUGUCAAGCCCUCAUGGUGUGACAGCAGUUACUGAUGUCUCACGGUGAGUCACAGUCAAUAUCUAUCAGCAUGGUGGAGAUCGACUGCUCCUUUCUGUGGACUCACGAUAGAGCCCAUUGUUUAGGUUUCAGAUUUGACUGCGGCAGAUGUCCUCCAGAUGUGGUUUCCCCUCACCUCAAGUGUUUUACAAUCGUAUUUUUAGGUUUAAAGGAUAAGGCUAUUGAUAUUCUAUGGUUUUAUUAUUUUCAAGAAAUCCCAUGAAAAUACCGAAACCAACGAUGCAUUAGUCCGUCUCUCAAUACUUUCUGACUUCCCCAGCCUGUCUUGU